AUGAUUUACGCUCAAAAUCCGUUCACGGCUCACCCUGAGGAUAAAAUAUGGGAUCCACAUGCUACCUUUAGCAUUAUCAACCCGGAUCGAGAUGCUUUUACCUGCGUGGGCUACGCUCGCACACAGGGCCGCCGUUGUCGAAACCCCAUUGAUCAACAUGAUCGAAAGUUCGUGUACGAUCUGCUUGAUCGCAUUUCAUCAUUGUCUCCCGGUAGCGGGGAAGUCGCAAAGCUGUUGCCACAAAUUGCCUCCUUGUCACUAUGUCGGCGUUGGCACAAGGAUCAGGCCGACUCUAUCGUGAGGAACUGGGCAACGAGAAUCUCCAUGCUGCCACAAUCCCCCCCUCGAGAGGGAAAGACCAAAACAAAGGAUAGAAAAUCGAAAAUAUUCGAAGCGAGACCGGACCCGACUACCUUCUAUCAUUCUUCCUUCGAAGGUGGGAAUCCGAAACAGCAUGAAAGCGGCGCGAGAAACCAGAAGCAGCAGAGAGGAGAGCAACAACGUCCAGAUCGGGAAAAGGAAGAACAGCAGAAAAGGGAACAGGAGGCGAAAGAACAAAAAAGGCGAGAAGAGGAUGCUCGUGAAAAAAUGCGAGAAAAGGCUCGGCAACAACGGGAAGAACGAGAGCGAGAAACAAGAGAGCAAGCAAUGAGGGAACGACGAGAGUGGCAACAGGCAUGGCAUUCUUACGUUACGAAAUGGACUACAUUCAAACAAGCAAAGACGAAGCCCUCAAACCCCCAGCAAGCUCAGCAACUGAUUCCUUGGCCUACCAAAUCCGGCCGCUUCCGUGACUUGACGAAGUCGAACGUCAUGACCUUCUAUCGAAACGCUUGCCCUGAUGCGGGUACACCGGCCAUGUCUAAAGCCAUGCGGGCCGAGAGCUUGAAGUGGCAUCCUGACAAAAUGUCCAUACUCUAUCCCUCAUGCGAACCCGGUGCUGCUGACAAGGAGGUCAUAUUGAUGAUCUGCCGAGUGGUGCUCGGAUUGAAGGAACAAGCAGAUGCUAUGAGAGCGAGAUGA